UUAUUGAGGAAAGACGGAAUGCUAAGCAGUCGGAACCGUUUGAAGGAAUGUUUGUUGUAAUGGGGGCGCUGUGAUGAAGAGGCACCGGUUGAUAUUAAAGGAAGCACGUGGCAAUCAGAGUAUCGUCACCCUGGGAUGUUGUUUUUAAGGUGUUGUGUAUAUUAGAUUUUUUUUUUUCUAUUUUAGCAUGAUUGUUAAUUAUAGAAGUAGUAGUUCUGAUGAGGAACCAGAUAAUUCUUCUGAAAACGAUUCCUCACCCCCAAGAAAAAGAGGAAAAGCUACUGAAACAAGCACCAGUGAACCUUUGGAUUAUGGAUCUGCUAAAAGGACAGAGGAUAAGUCAACCAACAAAACACCUCGCCUUCCUCUGCCUGAGAGUAUGAAGGAGAUGUUCAGAGAACCAGAAGAACAGUGGACUGAUAACACUGAAGAGCAUGGAGGGCGAUUGGGAUCCUUCCAGCAUGAGCGGGGCAACUGGGUGACAUAUGUGUUCUUUCCGUAUAAACCUGAGGAAUCUUUCGUGGAGCUUCUCAUUGCAUUUAUGGUUGUCACAGCAGCUUAUGGCAGCCCUCUGAUCCCAUCUGAAGAGUUCCACGUCAGUCUGUCAAAGACAGUGGUUCUGCGACAUCACUGGAUCCAGCCUUUCAUCCAGUCCAUUUGGACCAGCCUGACACAGUUCCAGAAAUCUGUGAUAUCCAAUCAAACCUCAUUGUUUUUCUGCAUGGCCGAUAAACUGAGGGUGUAUUUUAAUGCAGAAAAGACCAGGACUUUCCUUGGCAUGGAGAUCUCAACUGGGACAAUUCAGCUGCUUGAACUAAUCAAACUAGUGGAUCAAACCAUGAAGGAAUUUAACCUCAGCACCUUUUAUAAGGAUCCAUCUUUCCAUGUAAGCCUUGCCUGGUGUGUGGGUGAUCACACAGAGAGACUAAAAAGCGCAUGUUUAUCAGAGUUGCAGGGACUUGUUGAUAGUCACGAGGAUGGUCCAUUUUACAUCAGAUUGAACUGCAAGGAGCUCCGCUGCAAAUCUGGAAACAAAGUCUUUCUGUUUCCCCAACAGUGAUUGUAAAAUGUACACAGUUUAGAAAUAUGAAUUGAAUUAAUAUUCAUUGCCUUUGUACAUCUCAUGUUUGAAAGUUUACAUACAUUUAAGCAGAAUAUAAUAAAGUUUUUGCACUAAAAUACUAACCAUAAAACAAGAAUGAUCUAUUCUUUGUUACACAACAGUACACAUGUUUGGUAAAGUGAAAUUUAUUGUACAGAAUUGCAAUGUGGUGACUUUUUCAAAUCCAGACCACUGACUUUAAAUAGCCUGUUAUUUGAGUGACAGACAGUCUUGACUGGUUAGUGUUCUGGUGAAAAUUGCAAUCGAUACCAUCUAUAUGCAACACCCCACAUCCUGUAAUUGAAAGACUUAGUUCCUCUUUCCAUUAGUGUUGCAUCUUAAAUACCAGAUUUUUUUUUUUCUCCAAAAAUAAAA